CCUCCUCUUCAGCUCUUUCCAGAAGGCCUCCACUCCUCUGCGGUUUCUUCUUCUUCUCCUCCUCGUGUCCUGUGGAGAAACUUCUGGACGUUGAAGUUCUCGUCCUUAAAGAGCGGGUGACGCGUUCAGGACGACACUGAGAGGACAACAUGUCUCUGCUUUGUUACAACAAAGGCUGUGGACAGAAAUAUGAGGGCGGGCAGAACAAAGACGAUUCCUGCCUCUUUCAUCCAGGAGUUCCCAUCUUCCACGAUGCUCUGAAGGGUUGGUCCUGCUGUAGGAAAAGGACGACGGACUUUUCAGAGUUCCUGUCCAUCAAGGGCUGCACCCGCGGUCGCCAUAGCAACGAGAAGCCUCAGGAGCCGCUGCAACCGGAGGUGACGUCAGAGAAGGUCGAGACCAAACUCGCCAACGGUCAAGAGAUUAUUUACCGGGGACCCAAAUCUGCAGAGAAGCUGCAGAGAGAGAGACCCAGUUCAGGGGAACCAAAGGUCAAACUUCCGCACAAAGUUUCUGCGUCGUUGACUCAACAACUGGAGAAACUGGAGACGAGUAAAAGAAGCGAAGAAGAGAAGAAAGAGAGUCGCACAGUUAUCGUCGGGACAAGAUGCAAAAACGCUGGAUGUAAAACUUUGUAUGAAGGUCCAGAGUCCGACAAGGAGGUUUGCACUCAUCACCCUGGAGCACCUGUCUUCCACGAGGGAUAUAAAUACUGGAGCUGCUGCUCUAUAACAACAACAGACUUCAAUGCUUUCCUGGAUCAGAAAGGCUGCACCACAGGGAAACACCGCUGGCUCCCAAAACAGGACAAGAAGAAGGUGGCGUGUCGACACGAUUGGCACCAAACUGGAAAUAAUGUUGUUGUGACAAUUUACGCCAAGAACGCAAACCCUGAAUUUACCUGCGUAGAAGCAAAUCCCACAGUGCUCUCGUGCCAAAUGCAGUUCGAGAACGAUAAGAUUUUCAAGAGAGACUUUCACCUGUGGGGGGUGGUGAACGUCAAACAGAGCUCAGUCAACAUGGUUCCAUCCAAAGUGGAAAUUUCCCUGCGUAAAGCCGACCAGGUGUCCUGGGGCAAACUGGAGGAUCCAAACUACAAACCAGAACCUGAGCCCAUAGAGAACUCAUUCACCGAAACCACCGAGUCCACGCAGCCCGACUGGGACAUCGACGACGACGACAUCAGCGACUCGGAUGAGGAGUGGGCUUACGACACGCCGCCGAACAAACCGCAGGAUAAAGGCGAGGACGAGGAGAAGAAGAACGCCCAAAAGAUGCAGAACGCACAGAGGAAGGAGGUGGAGGAGGAGAUAAAGAUGGCGAUGGAGGAGAGAAGGAAGGCGGAGGAGGAGAGGAAGAAGCUGGAGGAGCAGAGGACACAGGAGGGACAGGAGGGAUACGAAGACAUGCCUGAUCUGGAGGAACUGUCCUGAAAAUCAAGGUCUCAUUUUAAUUAUCAAGGUCCGAAAAAAAGUGAUUUGAUUUGAAGCUUCAAAUUUAUAAGAAACCUGGAAGGAUGCACCAAAACAUUUUUAAAUAAAGACCUUUUUAUGUUAA